AUGGAGAGCAGCAAAAAGCAAACAAAGGGUCGCCAAAGAAUUGACACUUCAAGGAGACGUGAGAGUGAAGAAGAUCGCCUCAUAACAUUCUCCAAACGUCGAAGUGGUCUUUACAAGAAGGCCAGUGAGCUUUGUGCUCUUUGUAAUACAGAGCUUGUUGUGCUCAUGUUUUCUCCUUCUGGCAAACCUUUCUCAUUUGCUCACCCUAAUAUUGAUGUCAUUGCAAGGCGUUUCUUGAAACUCCCACAAGAAGAUGUCACUGGUGGAAUUAUCAAUGCUCGUCUUAGGAAUAGGAUCAAUGAGCUCAACGAACGACUCACUCAGCUUGGUGAUGAAGCACAAGCCGAAAAGGAACGUGGACAAAUGCUAUCCCAUAUGGCAAAAGUGCGUCCAAACAAGCCUUUAUGUGAUGCAAACAUUGAUGAACUUAGCGACAAUGAUGCUGGUAUGUUGAAAGCUUGGCUACUUGAGUUGCAGGAUCGGAUUCAUAAUCGAUUCGAAGAGUUAGCUGCUAAUGCUACUGCUUAUGCUGGUGCACCUGCAAGCCUAGUUGAUGAUACCAAUGUUGCUUCUUCUAGACAGGGCCAUGGGGGCAUGCAUUUUUAAAAUAUAUCGACUGAAUUAAACAAGGUUUUCAUUACCAUUAAAAUACAAUUUAGAUUAAGUUUGUGUGUCGUUAUGUAAUAUAACAAAAUGUGAGAAUGAAUCUAAUGCAUUCUUCUAUACUUGUUAUAGGAAAAAUCCAUUAAGUGCUUGAUCUAUUUAUCUCCGCCAUGCAUGUGUACCACUGAC